GGAUGUAGAGCAGCCAGCAGAAGCUAUGGCUGCAGAUAAAGGCGGCCAGUGAGGCACUGCCUGUGUCAGUUUUGUUAGUAGCUACAGACCUACUGCAAACAGAGUGUGUGACUGCUUCGGACUCGUACCAUUCCCUUCACUGUCUUGAGUGUCCUUGGAGAAGCAUGAGCACAAUCCAGACGUAAAGACUGCAGUCUCAUGUCAUGCAUACGAGCCAUGUUCUGUGACGGCGCAGUAGGCGUGGAGAUGUGUCUGUCUGCAGUGACACGACACAUGCAGGCAAAAACCGCUGUAAUCCUCAGCUUAUCUUCUGUCCAUUGCAUUGUCUGUACUCGGUUUCCCUCUCCCCAUCCCAGUUGAUGAAAUCCCCCUCUGCUAAAUUGCUUUUCUGCUAUGUUGCUUGGCGUGCCAUUACCCCUGAGCUAACACUCCUAUCUCUUUUAUUUUCCAUUGUUAGAAUGGUAUAAGUAUGUCCUUAGGGACCGCCUAUGUUCCAACAUCUCUUUGCUGUGUCAUUAUCAAGUGUACCUUGUGAGGUUUGCCCUUCACUGUGAUAUUUUAUGUCUUCCUCAGUGAUUUUCAUAGCCAAUACAAGAGAUUUUAAUUUAAGAGGAUAAUCUUUAAGGCUUCUCGUGUGGUUAAUACAGUUCUGAUUUCAUUCUGAAUGUCUCCCAGCUACAGUUGCACACUGUGAGAUUGUUUGUCUCCUGACAGCAUUGGUUAUGAGUGACCCUCCAAAGAUGGAGAAGUCUUUGUGCAGAGCACACAUGUGGGAAACUUAACAAAAUAUUCUUCUUGAUUGCAGUCUAAGGCAGAAGCUCUUAUUUUUGUCAUAAUUGAUUACAUGCAAAGUUAAAUAUAUAAUAAUACAUUGUAUUUGAUUUUCUCCAUUGGCAUAAGUGAGGAUUUUUGCAUCAUGCUGCAAGUAGAGGUGGUUCUGUGGCCGGUUCGUCUGAAAAGGGCAGAAGAGAAGGGAAUUAUUUUCCAUUUGUAAUGAGGCGUAUUUUUAAUCCACACUUCAGAAGGCACUCACCCUCUAGAAACAGCUGUCAGCGUCCAGGUGCUCAGGAUCUGUGACAGACCUAGCAGUGUUCCCUAGGUAAUAAUCAUCUAAGAAAAGAUGAAGUGAGUGGUACAUUAACUUUGCUUUGCUUUUUCAUUGUUGCUUCCCCCGAGAUGUCUCUAAUCCAUAAGAAUUAGCUGUCAUUACAAGCUUCAGUAGCAGUGAUCUGCUUAGGGAAAUUCAUGCUUGUAUAAUAAUCUCUGCGAAUUGAAAUUGAUUUUUUUUCAGUGUUUUUUGGUAGAGAAAUAAAUGUUUGUUUAUGGUAACACUGUAGAAUGUAUCAGAUAUAUGAUAAAGGCAUCAAAUCCAGCAGGAAAGCUGGGGUGCUGUGUCUGCUUGAAUCACUGCAAAAAUGCUCUCUAUGUCCUUUGCAUUAAAAGCUUGUGAAGCGGAGCACAGACCUCACAUUGAGUGCUCCUGAUCCUCACCUAGUCUUCAGUAAGUCAUGCAACCACCUCUAAAUUCAUACUUCAGAAUAAAGCACUAGUAAGGAAGUGCAGAGUUCUCACUUGUUGAACUGUGCCAGUGUUCUCAGCUCCUGGCUGCACGGGUCUGAGUGCACCCUUAAAUACCUGUCAGUCGUAAUCUGGUUCAGGGCAUUUCGAAUCAUUCUGGAGCUUCUGUUUAGAAGAGAAAAACAGACUGACAGCGUUAAGGGCAAAAAGGGAACAAGGAGAGAGAGUUAGCUAUGGUUUGUAAAAAAUACAUGUAAAAAAACCCAGACUGAUGCAAAACAGUCUUUUUAGGAAGCAGAACUGUAGCUUUUCCAGAUAAUACUUGCCAGCAUAGCCUGUAAACAAAAUUAUUUUAAAAGAGGAAAGUGCUAGCCCUUGCUGUAAAAACAAGACAACAAACUCAGCCUUAUUCCCAGUGGAAAACAAGGUUUGUUGUCUGCAGCUCAGAAACAUUUCUGCCUCAGGGGACAGUCAGCAGAAGUCAUGCUGCUUGCUUAGAACAACAUGAGACCGAGAGAAGUGCCUAAAUUAAGGCAUGGUGUUCCCCAUCCUGCUGCUGGUGUGGCUCUGCACCCACGUCUCACAUUAUGAAUGACAUCAUCACAACCAUGUUCAAUAAAAAAUUUAUGGAAGAGCUGUUUAAACCACAGGAACUCUAUUCCAAGAAAGCUCUGAGAACCGUGUAUGACCGGCUAGCUCAUGCUUCAAUCAUGAGACUGAACCAGGCGAGCAUGGAUAAGCUGUAUGACCUCAUGACUAUGGCUUUCAAGUACCAAGUCCUGCUGUGUCCCCGGCCCAAAGACAUCCUGCUGGUCACGUUCAAUCACCUGGAUGCCAUCAAAGAUUUCAUCUGCGAUGCCCCUGGCAUUCUGAAUCAAGUGGAUGAAACCUUCCGACAGCUGAUUGAGAUGUACGGCUCUCUCUCUGCUGGUGAAUUUCAGCUGAUCAGGCAGACCCUCCUCAUUUUUUUUCAGGACAUGCACAUAAGGGUCUCUAUCUUUCUGAAGGAUAAAGUGCAGAACUCUAAUGGUCGCUUUGUGCUGCCAAUAUCAGGCCCUGUUCCUUGGGGUACAGAAGUGCCAGGACUCAUCAGGAUGUUUAAUUGCAAAGGAGAUGAAGUUAAAAGAACCGAGUUCACCACUGGUGGAAAUUAUGUCACUCCACAAAGGGAAGGAUCUUUUGAACUUUAUGGAGACAGAGUCCUCAAACUUGGAACAAAUAUGUACAGUGUUAGUCGGCCGGCAGAGACGCACACGUCAGGAUCCUCCAAAACCUUGGCAUCCAGUGCAAAGGAGAAUAUAGUCCCUAACCCUCUCGCUAAAGAAGAACUGAACUUCUUGGCCAGGCUGCUGGGAGGUCUGGAGAUCAAGAAACCUGGUGGCAGCGAGACAGGAUUUCGACUGAAUUUAUUCACGACAGAUGAGGAGGAAGAGCAGGCGGCGCUGACAAGACCUGAGGAGUUAUCUUACAAGGUUGUGAACAUCGAAGCCACUGAGGAGCCGGCGCGGCGAGCGGAGCUGGAGCGCAUCCUGGGGGACCUGGAGGUGGCCGAGCCGUGCGCCGAGAGCUGCGGGAAGGGCGAGGACCUGCUGGCGCUGAUGGACGGGCUGUGAGCCAUUAAAGGCGUUCCUCCCA